AUGGCCACUCCCGUCGCCAGUACCCCCGCCGCUCAGGGCUCGGCGCUGCCGAUUCCUCAGCACCUCAACAUCAGCGGCACCCCCAAGUCGGUUACCUCUGACAAGGCUGGUUAUGUGCCCUCGCCCUUCCCUGCCAAGGGCCAGCAGCAGGAGGCUGUCGCCGACAUCCUCGUCCAGUCCGGCUUCAUGCCCCGCGAGCUCGUCCACGGCGAGGUUGACUGGUUCUACAACUCGCUCGGCAUUGACAACGGCUACUUCCUCGCUGAGAACCCUCAGAUCAUCGCCGACCACGUCCUUGCCCUGUACUCGGCCAAGCUCCUCGCGUACACCAAGCACGACCCCAGCAAGCUCGUGAUUGACCUCGAGAAGAUCACGACCGAGGAGGACACGAAGCAGGGCGCCAAGGAGGGCGCUGUCUUCAUCCACUCGUCGGCCGCGGGUGUCUCGGCCACUGACGGUCCCGGCGCCAACUGCGAGAAGCGCAUUGACGAUGACUUCAUUGACAAGUCGACCCCCGAGAAGGCCUGGCGCCUGGAGACCUACCGCUCUGCCGGCUCGGUCUCGGCGACCAUCUCGCAGCAGCUCCGUUGCUACUUCGUCUCGCCCUGCGAGUUCCCCGGCACCCCCGCCAAGAAGCUCGAGAACGGCUCGACCGACAUCCGCUCCGUCUCCGACAAGGGCUUCCUCGAGAAGGCCACCCCCAACACCCUCGAGAUCUAUCAGAAGGUCAUGACCGAGGUUGAGCGCCGUGACGGCCCCGUCAUUGAGAUGUACGAGCUCGAGGACUCGCGCGAGCACCGCGUCGUCAUUGGCUACAAGAUGGGCGGCACCCACCGCUACUUCUCGGCCCUCUCGGACCUGUACCACUUCUACGGCCUCUACUCGGCCCGCAAGUACGUCGAGCAGUUUGCCAACGGCGUCACCAUCAUCUCGAUGUACCUCAACCCCGUCCCCAACUCGAAGGCUCCCCCCAUCGAGCACUCGAUCCAGCAGAUCGUUCGUGAGGCUUCGCUCCUCUACUGUCUCCCGGAUAACCCCUUCUUCACUGUCGCCGAGGACAACACCCCCCACGCCGUCCAGGAGGCUACCUACGCGUACGCCGGCUGGCUCUUCGCCCAGCACUUCCUUAACCGUCUCGGUCCCGCCUACGCCUCCCUCAAGGCCAUCCUUAACGAGAAUGACCCUGACCAGGCCGAUGUCCUCGCCAAGAUCAAGACCCGUCUCCGUGACGAGACCUUCACCCGCGAGAACAUCCGCGACGUCAUCCUGAACCACCCCGAGCUCAUCCGCCAGCUCUACAUCAACUUCGCCAUGGUUCACUACCCGGCGUCCGACGAGGCUUCCCAGCUUACCCCGACGCUCUCGUUCCAGCGUAUCAAGACUGAGCAGCCCCUCUCCGACGAGGACCUCUACUCUGCCAUCUGGAAGGGUGCCCAGAGCCCCCUCGCCGCCCAGAUCCUCGAGGCUCUCCUCGUCUUCAACAAGCACAUCCUCAAGUGCAACUUCUACCAGCCCACCAAGGUCGCGCUCUCUUUCCGUCUCGACCCUGGCUUCCUUCCCGAGGUCGAGUACCCGAAGAAGCCCUUCGGCAUGUUCUUCAUCGUCGGCUCGGACUUCCGCGGCUUCCACGUCCGCUUCCGCGACGUCGCCCGUGGUGGUAUCCGUAUCGUCCGCUCGCGUGACAAGGAGAACUUCAACUCGAACAUCCGCACCCUGUUCGACGAGAACUACAACCUUUCCGCGACCCAGACGCUCAAGAACAAGGACAUUCCCGAGGGUGGAUCCAAGGGAACUGUUCUUCCUUCGCUUGGCGCCGACUACUCGCGCUGCUUCGAGAAGUACGUCGACUCCAUCCUCGACCUCCUGAUUCCCGGCCAGUCGCCUGGUAUCAAGGGCCGCAUCGUCGACGUCUCUGGCCGUGAGGAGCCCGAGAUCCUCUUCUUCGGUCCCGACGAGGGCACCGCCGAUCUCAUGGACUGGGCUGCCCUGCACGCCCGCGCCCGUGGUGCUCCCUGGUGGAAGUCGUUCACGACCGGCAAGUCGGCCGAGAAGCUUGGUGGUAUCCCCCACGACAAGUACGGCAUGACCUCGCUCUCGGUUCGCCAGUACAUUCUCGGUGUCUACAAGGCCCACGGCCUCAAGGAGAAGGAGAUCACCAAGUUCCAGACUGGUGGCCCCGACGGUGACCUUGGUUCCAACGAGAUCCUCCUGUCGAGCGACAAGACCGUCGGUAUUGUCGACGGAUCCGGCACGAUUUACGACCCUAACGGACUCGACCGCACCGAGCUCAUCCGCCUCGCCAAGGCGCGCAAGAUGAUUGUCCACUUUGACGAGUCCAAGCUCGGCAAGGGCGGAUACAAGGUCCUCGUUGACCAGAAGGACGUCAAGCUCCCCACCGGCGAGGUCAUCCCCGACGGAACCGUCUUCCGUAACGAGUUCCACCUCCGUGUCAAGGCCGACAUCAUGGUUCCCUGCGGUGGUCGCCCUGGCGCCAUCGACGUCACCAACAUGCACCGUCUUGUCGACGCCGACGGCAAGACCAACUUCAAGUACAUUGUUGAGGGUGCCAACCUGUUCAUCACGCAGCAGGCUCGUCUCUGGCUCGAGAAGAAGGGCAUUGUCCUCUACAAGGACUCGUCGACCAACAAGGGUGGUGUCACCUCGUCUUCGCUCGAGGUUCUCGCUGGUCUCUCGCUCAAGGACGACGAGUACGUCAAGGACAUGAUCUUCCAGGACGGCAAGCCGUCCCAGUUCUACCAGGACUACGUCAAGGACAUCCAGCAGAAGAUCUGCGAGAACGCCGCCAACGAGUACAACUGCAUUGCAAAGGAAUAUGCUCGCCAGAAGGGCGCGACGCCGCGCACCCUCAUCUCGGACCAGCUGUCGACGACGCUGAACAAGCUCCAGGACGAGCUCGAGUUCUCGGACCUGUACGACAACGCGGCCGCGCGCCGCGCCGUCUUCGAGCGCGCCUUCCCCAAGUCGCUCCAGGCCAAGGUCGGCCUCGACGAGCUCAUGAACCGCCUCCCCGAGCACUACCAGCGUGCCGCCUGGAGCGCGUGGCUCUCGUCCAACUUCAUCUACCAGUACUCGAUCCAGGCGUCCAACGUCGACUUCUUCCACUUCUUCUCCAAGCUCUCCGCCGGCGGCAACUAG